AUGGGCGCGGCGCACGGCCAAACGGCCCCUCUCCGCGUGGCCGUCGUGUUCACGGUCGCGGCCCUCGCUCUGUCGGCCGCGGCCGCCCUCUCUCCCUCCUGGGUGUCAUGGCAGGGAGAGACCCUGGGCCUGUGGCAACACUGCCCCGGCGGAGGCGCGCCCUGCACCAGCCCGCCCUGCAGCGGAGACGUCGGCGCGGCGGGAACGUGCGUGGCGCGCGACGCCGCGUGCGCGUGCGCCCUGGUCACGUGCUCCGCCUCGUUCUGCGCCCUCGUGCUGGGGGCGCGCGCCCUGCGAGUCGCGGGGGGCCGCGGCGCCGGGGGGCCCUCCACUUGGACGGCGCGCGCCUUCCCCGCCAUGCUGGCGCUCUCUUGCGUGCUCGUGGCUGGUGAGAUGACCGCUUUCCUCUGCUACCUGCUCGCCACGGUGCGCGUGCUGCACCUGGGCUGGGGCUCCUACUCGGCUUUCUCCGCUCUGCUGUGCUGGGCCCUCGCCGUCGCCACGUCCGUGGCGUCCGCGUGCGGCCGCGGAGGGCCUCGGGUGGGAAACUCGCGGUCGACGAAGAGGGGACGCCACGCGGAGGACCCCUCGGUCAGCACCACCACCGUCAACACGACGACGACCACGGCGAGCUACAACAGCGCCAGCAGCGCCACGAUCUUUGCCCCGGAGAACGCGUGGCGACCGGCACCCGACAUGCAACUCGUGGUGAAGCUACCCCGCCUGCGUGUGCAGCAGCAGCAGCCGCAACAGCAGCUGCAGCCGCAGCAGCAGGGCAAUGCGGUGAAGAGUUAUCGUGACGAUGGCGGUGGCGAAGAUAACGGCGGAGCCGGUGAUUACGACAUCGACGAAGGCAACGUGUACGAGCACGCGGACUGGCCUCGCCACCACACCUCGACCCCGACCGUGACCUCGACCCGCGCUGACCUCACCCUGACCCGUGCUGACCUGACCCGCGCCGACCUCGCCUCCACCCGUGCUGACCUGACCCGUGCCGACCUCGCCUCCAUCCGCGCCUGCCGCUCGCUGCCCGCGCUGCCGCCACCGCCGGGCUGCGUGCGAGGUCCGUGCGCCCGUGGCGUCGAUGGGGUCUCGGGGCCCCCUUCCCGGGGUCCCGAGGGCUGGGUGUACGAGAAUCUGUACGGGGACCCCGACUACGGGGACCUCGACUACGGGGACCCUGCGUGUCCCCGGCCGCAGGGCCCCCCCGUGAGGCAGCGCACGGAGGCGCAGGGCUGGGGGACGGCGCACGGAGGCGCCGCUGGGGACGAUUUGGGGUUAGCCAACGAUACAUACAACAUGUACUACUAGUACUGGCGCGUACCAGUGUACUACUACUACUACUAGCGUGUACCACUAGCGUGCACAUCAGACAUCGCCCUACCCUGGCGACCCGUGCAGGCUGCUGCUGUCCGCCCGAGUCACGCGUCAAUGGGAAAACGGCAGCAGUAGCGGCAGCAGUAGCAGCAGCAGUAGCAGCAGCAAUAGUAGCAGUAGCAGCAAUAGUAGCAGCAGCAGGAGCAGCAGCAGUAGCAGCAGCAGGAGCAGCAGUAGCGGCAGCAGUGCCAGCAGCAGCGGCAGCAGUAGCAGCAGCAGGAGCGGCAGCAGUAACGGUAGCGGCAGCAGUGGGAUGUUUUGUAGUCGGACGGUGUAAAUACGAAGCGAUUGUUUUACAAAUCGCCCUCUUUAGUUUAGCCUCGAAUUGUGCUCACGUGUCCCGCGCGCGGGCCACGUGUGGAAUUAAACGCCAAUUUCAACUUUAAUGAGACACUAAUUAAAACACACAGAACGCACGGACCACCACCACCCUCCCUCCCCUCUCACUCCCUCCCCGCUGCGCGGGCAGUGACGCGCGGACGAGAUUGUUUAUGGAAGUCGGUGGGUGAACAGGCAAUCGCGACAAGAUGCGUAACGUAAACAAAGCGUUGAUUGCGGGAGCAAGGGCGGGGUGAGAGUCAUGUGCGUUGGGAGAGGGGGGGGGGGGUGAUGCCGUCUAAUAACGCGAGCGCAAGGGGCGAUGGGGCCACGAGGCGAGACGAUGAGAGAGGCACGGACA